GCCCUCCAGAGGGCAAUGCGGCGGAGGAGACGGGGCAGGCCCCACCUCCUUUGUCCGCCCUGCCCUCCCAUUGGCCAGAGCGGAGGGCAGGAGGCGGAAACCAGCCCGGGGGCGGAGACCCGCUCGGGAGUUGAGCGGUGCGGCUCGCGCCGAAGGAAGGCGGCGCGCAAGCAGUCUAGCCGGUGCACGGGGAGACGGUCAAGUUCAAGCUGCCAGUCCCGGGCGCCCAAGUGCCAUGGACGGCCUGCGCCAGCGCUUCGAGCGCUUUCUGGAACAGAGGAACUUGGCCACCGAAGCGCUAGGGGCGCUCGAAGCCAAGACAGGUGUCGACAAGCGGUACUUGGCCACGGGAAUCAAGUAUUAACAACAGAAUGGCCUCACUUUCAGGAUCAAAGCUAUCGAGAGCCCAAACAAAGAGGACGACACUGUGUGGCUCACAUACUGGGUGGUGUACGGCCUGUUCGGGCUAGCCGAAUUCUUCAGCGAUCUACUCCUGUCCUGGUUCCCUUUCUACUACGCGGGCAAGUGCGCCUUCCUGUUGUUCUGCAUGGCUCCCGGCCCCUGGAACGGGGCUCAUAUGCUGUACCAUCGCAUCAUACGUCCUCUGUUUCUAAAGCAUCACGAGGCCGUGGACAGCAUCGUGAGCGACAUCAGCGGGCGGGCCCUGGACGUGGCAGCCGGAAUGACGAAGGACGGGAAAGUAAGCGUGACCCGGCUUCAGAAGGCCGAGUAAAACCCCCAGCCAGCCCGAACGCGGACGCACUGGACCGUGAAACAGAGGAUGCGCCACAGCACAGGUCGUCUGCGGAUUCCUCCGCCGACUCACCAGCCGAGCCCACCACCAGCCCCUCGUUCCCCACCAAGCCCGCCCUCAGGAGUUCUACCAGCCUGGGCCAGGCCCAGGCUCAGGCCGCAGCUGCCACCACGGCCACCGGCACGCAGCCGCCUGGCAAGCACCGGGGUGGUCUCCGAUCUCAAGCCAACUCUUCCAGCCAGACCCAGGCCCCCGGGCAGCAGCGCGCCCGGCCCUCCACCACUUCCUCAGGCCCUUCCCAGGGGCCCUCAGGCUCCACACCUCGGCCCAGCACCACCUCCAGCCAGGGCCCCGCCCUUGGGCAGUCUCCCAGUGGCACCACCACCCCCACGCAGCCCCCCAACGAGACCCCCAACGGGCCAGAUGCCUCCGCCCCCAAGUCCAGCAGACGGCACCAGAAACGGCCCACGACAAAGGCCACCAGCAGCACCUCGGUGCCAGAGCUCCCCGCUUCCGGCCAGCCUGAGUCCUCCCCAGAGUACAGCUCAGAGUCCACCACUGAGGUCACCUACAGCUGGCCUGACUACAGACACAGGCUCCGCUGCCUGCAGCACUGCUGGCGGAUGAAGCACCUGGCCUGCUAAGGAGGGCUCAGUAAAGCUCUCUGGACCAGCCUCGUCUCCCCUGUCUGUCCUCCGGCUCUGGGGAGGGGCUUCCUGGGGGCGGGUGCUGGGCCAGCCCCACUUUACAGAUGAGAAGACCAAGGCUCAGAAUGGAGGUCUCACCAAGUGGCUGAGAUGGACUCUGAGCCCAUAUCCUUAAGCUUUCUCUCCCCUCCUUCAGGAGCUCUCAGGCCUGUUCACCACAAUCUCCUCCUUGUUUGGCCACACCAGGCAGCAUGGGGGAUCUUUGUUCCCUGACCAGGAAUUGAACCCGUGCUCCCUGCAGUGGAAGCAAAGGAAGUCCCCUUCUUUGAAAACUCUUCCAGAGGAGCCAGCUAAAAGCAACAGUCCCACCUCACAAGAAUCUGAGUUCAAGCUCUUUAUUUGGGAGGGAACCCAGGAGGAGCCUAUAGAAAGAGAUCGAAGUGGGAGAAGAAAGAGGCCGAGAAGGCGGGGGUGGCUAAACCUAGCACACCUGCUGGCACCUGGCGCUCUGUCCCCUGUCGAAAGCAUACCUGAGAUUUUUCCUGCCCAGGAGCCAAGAGAGCUGGGCAGGAUCCACCACCCUGCUGGUCACUGGGGAAGUAGUGGCCAUUCACUCCAGCCAGCGCCCCCUACAGGCACCUCUGGGGCAGGGCCAGGCUUGCAGUUGUUCAGUGGCUAGUGAAGUGAAAAUGGCUCAGUCAUGUCCACCUCUUUGUGACCCCCAUGGACUGUCGCCUGCCAGGCUUCUCUGCCCAUGGAAUUCUCUAGGCCAGUAUACUGAAGUGGGUAGCUGUUCCCUUCUCCAGGGGAUCUUCCCAAUCCAGGGAUUGAACCCAGGCCUCCCACACUGCAGGCGAUUCUUUACCAUCU